UCUUCUCAAAAACUUUGCGGUGGGUGGGUGCGCCAAAAGGACAGAAUUGUCGAUCCGUUGUUUGAGUAUACAUAGAAGGGGAAAUCUUAAAAUCUCUAAUCAAAAACAGAACGAGAACCUAAAUUACUAUGGUGUGCGAUAAGUGUGAGAAGAAGUUAUCGAAGGUGAUCGUUCCUGAUAAGUGGAAAGAAGGUGCUAGCAACACCACUGAAGGUGGAGGCCGUAAGAUUAAUGAGAAUAAACUUCUAUCCAAGAAAAACAGAUGGACUCCUUAUGGAAUGACAAAGUGCAUGAUUUGCAAGCAACAGACUCACCAGGAAGCCAAAUACUGUCACACCUGCGCAUAUAGUAAAGGAGUCUGUGCUAUGUGUGGGAAGCAGGUACUUGACACCAAGCUUUACAAGCAAAGUAACGUAUGACACGAAUCAGGUUUUAGCGAUGCUGGUAAGCAACAGCUUAUCGAGGAGUUCGUUGAAGAACAUGGAUUCUUAGUUCUGUAAAUUAGCAUAACCUGCCUUCUUUGUCAUUCUGACGUUAAGUGUCACUAAAAGCAAACAGCUUAAAUCUAUUAUAGGCUAGUUGUGCAAGAAGUGCAAGCACAGUACUGCUCUUGUAAUCUUUGUGGGAACCUUGUGUUCCUGAAUCAAAUUUGAUUUCUGAAUGUGUACUGGAACUUACUUAAAAUUGUGAUCUUAAAUGACAAUUGUUGGAUGGAAGCUUUAUUGUUCA